CCAAGAACUUCGAAAAAAGUUGAAUGAAAUUCGAUUUGCGUUCUGUCGGCAUCGUUUUUAAUUGAUUGUGUUACUACAAUAAACCAUUAGGUUGUUGAUAAUUGUAGAAAAUAUAAUAGUUAAAAUGAUAUAUGUGAUUCAUUAGUGUAAUCUUUGGUUUACUGUUAUAAGUGUUUGUAUUAUUUUAUUACUUAUUCGCUAUGGGAAAUGUCCAUGCAUCAGCUCCAAAAUUGGAGCCUGAUCUCCCACCUAGUCCUCCUAUGGGUUUAAACUUACCACCUUUACAAACGGACAUUUCAUCAAGUGAUUCCAGCAGUUCGAAAGGUAUCGAGAAUCCUGGAACUAUCGAAGAACUUCAUAAGAAAUGCAAAGAUGUAUUUCCAUCACCAUUCGAAGGUGCUCGACUUAUGGUAAAUAAAGGCUUAAGUAAUCAUUUUCAAAUUUCACAUACACUGCACCUGUCCUCGGGUCCUUCAUCCGGGUACAGAUUUGGUGCUACUUAUGUGGGUACCAAUCAAAUAUCACAAACGGAAGCCUAUCCUGUACUUCUCGGUGAUAUCGAUCCUAGUGGUAAUUUGAACGCCAAUAUUUUACUUCAGCCAACCGAUAAGUGUCGAUUUAAAUUUCAAGCUCAGUCGCAGAAUACUAAAUUUCAGCUGACGCAGUAUGCUUUAGAUUUUCGAGGAAAAGAUUAUACAAGCACAGUGAUGUGUGCAAAUCCUAAUGUGUUAACUGGAACUGGAGUAAUUGUGGCUCAUUAUUUGCAGUCUGUUACGAAGAAUUUAGCUUUAGGAGCUGAGCUCGUUUAUCAACGUAUGGGACCUCAGCAUGGUGGCCAAUCAGCAUUUACUUCGCUGGCUGCGAGAUAUGCAGGAAGCGAUUACACUUGUAGUGGUACUUUGGGCAUGACUGGAGUACAUUUAUGCUAUUAUCAAAAAGCUAGUGAACAAUUACAACUUGGUGUUGAGUUCGAGACAAGUGUACGGUUAAUGGAAGCUCAAGCCUCUUUGGGUUACCAAGUUGAUAUUCCAAAGGCUGAUCUCGUUUUUAGAGGUAGUGUCGAUACCAAUUGGACAGUAUCAGCCGUACUAGAAAAAAGAUUAAAUCCAAUGCCGUUUACCCUCGGUAUCGGUGGAAUGCUGAACCAUAAAAAGAAUGAUUUUAGGAUGGGUCUUAGUUUCAUUAUUGGUUAAGGACGUCUUUAAGCGACAGGAAUGCUUCGAGUCAUCGAAUGCGUCAAACAUAACACUUCGUAGUCUGUUUAAUAACGCUAUUGGAUUAAUAGUUUUUAUCUUUUUUUUUUCAUGUUUUUAUUUUGUUUCUGUUUUUUCUUUUUGUUAUUCCCUUGUACACGUCUUGAUGUAACACGCAGGCCUUAUUGAUCAGAAUUUCCUGUGUUAUCUCUCGAGAUUCAUGAUUCCGAUGCGUAUGCCAUAUCUUGGUGCAUGUUUUAUUCAACUCCUGUACAAUUGCUUAUUGUACUGAUGUAAUGAUCGUCGCUGAAUGUAUAGUAGAAUGUUCCUUCGUAUUAGGAAACAAAAGAGGGUUUUUAAAAUUGUAAUUUGAUUUUCAAAUGGAAGUUAUGUAAUAAAGAUGUCGUGAUUUUUA